UGUCCACCUUAAAUACUUCUCCAUACAUUUCAUGGAGUUAUUUCCAUUACCUUUACUUGCUUUUAUGAUGAGAAGCUCCCCGAACUUGGAGAAACUCAAGCUACUAAAAGGUGCAUGGUCAACUGCAAAUGGUGACUCCUCUUCAUAUGGGGACUUUUCCACGGAACUAGAAGAUGCUCCAGAUAUUUGGCUGGAGCAUAUGAAAGAAUUCGAGUUCAAAAAUUUUACCAAUGACAAGUAUGAGUUGGCGUUUGUGAGGCUUAUCUUGGCCAAGUCGCCCGUCUUAAAAAAGGUGAGCAUAGUGCUCCACUAUACCGUUUCUAAUGAGGCAGAGACACCAAUCUUAAGAAUUCUCUUGAGCUAUCCACGUGCAUCACCGGUGGCAGUAAUCACUGUUGUGUGAAAGGAAGGGAAUAAUCCGGCCUGAAAAGAUGGAUUUACAGGGGACUACUGAUUUGGAAACAGAUUGUUGUUUGUUUUCUUUUCUUUCUAUGAAUGGCAACUAGCUUUUUUAUUUUAUUUUAUUUUCCGUGCUUUUAAUCUGAUGGGAAGUAAAUUCCAUGACAUUAAGAAUGAAAUAUCUCCUACGGUAAAACUUAAGCUAUCAUUUCCCUUUCUUUGUUUCAAA